AUGGGUAACGCUGCACCACGUGCACAGCCACAGAGCGUACUGGACAGUGCAUCACAGUAUCGUACUUUUCUUAUGGAUUAUACGCCACGUUCAAUGGAUAUGAUGUUUGGUAGUUUAAUCGGAGAUGGCAAAUUUUUAAAAAGUAUUUCCUGCAAAUGUGACGAAGGACAUUUAGUUGUGAAAAUUUAUCGUAAAUAUGACGAACGAGAGUCGUUGACGAGUGCUGAAGUCGCCCUCCGUCGUUUAGCACUCGCUUUUUCGGUUGAACAACAACCGAAUGUGAUUCCAUAUGCGGAUUUCCAGCUCUCGAAUAAGUACAAUGUCGCUUUUAUGGUCCGACAAUAUUUUGCAUCAAAUUUGUACGAUCGCAUUUGCUCGAGACCAUUUUUGACAAAUAUAGAGAAAAAAUGGAUUGCUUUUCAGAUAUUAAGAGCUCUUGAACAAAGUCAUGCAAAAGGCAUUUGUCAUGGAGAUAUUAAACAGGAAAAUGUCAUGGUGACAAGCUGGAAUUGGGUCUUUUUGACAGAUUUCGCACCUUUUAAGCCUACAUAUAUCCCUGAAGAUGACCCUGCAGAUUACAAUUAUUACUUUUGUGCUAUUGACGCUACACGACGAGGAUGUAGUGUAGCACCCGAGAGAUUUUACGGCAAAGGAUCAGUGACAGUGAAUGCAACAGCAACGGGUUCAACAUGUGGGGUAAACUCGAUGAAGACACCCGAUGUAGCUAUGAUGCUAUCCAAGCUGGCAGAUAGUGAAGUGACGGUGGAAGAAGUGGACAAGCAGAUUCUGGCAAUGGGCAUGACCUGUGGAACCAUGUCGGGUAACUUUGUGCAAACGCAUCCUUCUGCAUCGGCUAAUUGCAGCGUCUCAUCGUCGUACUCGCGUUCGCGUCGUGAAGGCAAUUUACUAGAGUCUAUGGACAUUUUCUCGGCUGGAUGUGUUAUUGCGGAACUAUUUUUGGGUGGAAAACCUCUUUUUGACUUGCCGUCGCUGCUGAAAUACCGCACAGGAGAUUCAGAUGCUUUGCGCCAACAGCUGAAGAAAGUUGGCGACCCACGUCUUGAAGAGCUGCUGCUGCAUAUGUUGCAGUUGGACCCGAAUGCACGGCUAUCGGCCAGUGGCUACUUGGCCAAGUACACGGGCUUAAAUGGAUUGUUUCCGACAUAUUUUGACAUUUUCUUGUUCAGAUUCUUGGUGCUAGUGCUGAGUCGCGGUGGAAAAGUGCCUGAUGCACGUAUCCGACUGGUGUGCAAGUAUUACGGGCGUUUGGUGCGUGAAGUAGCGGGCGUUGAAGAUCCUGAGGGUGAAGAGUUUUUCAAACUGCGUCUUAAAGAAGGUUACGGGUCGGAUCGGCUGGCAACUGCAACGGGAAGGGAUCAGCAAACGCAUGUAGCACAGCGUGUACUCGAGGAAUUAUAUCAGAAAAUUCCUACAAAGCACGACAAGCAGAAUGCCGAGCAGGGCAACGCUGUCCUCACUAAGUUGCAAAAGAUGAAAGAAAAAGAGAAUGACAUGCGCGGUCUCAGUGCAAGUUUACAAAAGAAGAAAAUUGAAAAGCUUCAUGACCAAUUUCAGGCGCUUACACAGAAAAAGGAGAUAUCGUUAUUGCUCGAUUACUCGCGGGAGCCAUCGGCCGAUUGUUUGGAUGAGGAAACAUGCACGGAUGAUACUGAAGCUAAAAAAGAAGUCGGCUUGGACAUCACUGGUUCUUUUUUAUUGAAGUCACACACAACAACGCCCCCAACCCACUCAAGCAGCACGCGACGAAUGAAACCACCAGCACAUCCCUGCAGCGAACCGUGGCCGCAUGAUCGUAACGGCAUCGUCAUUAUAUUGUCGCUGAUUUGCUCAAGUCUACGGCAUGUUCAAGUACCGGAGUCGAAGCUCACUUCACUGUACUUGGUUCGCUCGUUGGGUCAGUUUACAAGCGAUGAGGCUCGCUUGCAGCGUCUGAUUCCGUAUCUUCUUGAGGUUAUUGACGACCCAAGUGCCGCCGUGCGCGCCCUGGCUCUCCGCACGAUUACUUUUUUGCUAUCAUUGGUGGCAUCAUUUCCACUUGCGGACGCGUCCGUGUUCCCACAGUAUGUGCUACCGGCUAUGAUCCCUUUCCAGUCUGACCCUGACGAACUGGUGCGCAUCACAUUCGCCGAGUGUUUGCCGCAGCUGGCGGAAACAAGUCGUCGCUUUUUAGAAAUCGCGCAUGCUAUGAAGCAAAAGAUAUUGACGUCAUCGGCAUCUACUUCAUCCAUGUCCGCGGUGUCUUCUCGGGGCUAUGAUUCAUCUACUCCAAGCAUGUUGUACAUGGCAUCCAGUAGUUUUGAUAAGGAGCUGAGUGUGCUGCACAAAAUGAUUUCACGCUUUGUGAUUCAGCUCACAACACCUGAUCAAAAGGCCUCAUCAUCUCUUGUCAAGCGCGCAUUGCUUGUGGAUAUUACAAGGCUGUGUGUGUUUUUUGGGCAAGAGCGUACCUUAGACGUGGUAUUGCCACAGCUUAUCACGUUUUUGAAUGAUCCGGAUUGGGAGUUGCGCGGAGCCUUUUUCGACUACAUUGUUGGCGUGUGCUCGUUUGUGGGCCCCGAGGCUGUUGAACAGAACAUGUUACCGUGCAUAGAGCAGGCGCUGUUCGAUGUGCAGGAGAUUGUUAUCACAAAGGCUGUAGAGUGUCUCACUGGACUGUGUCAGCUAGGACUUUUUCAGAAGAAAAUUAGCACGCUCGUGGAGAAGGCACGUAUGACGUGCUCGUUAUUGCUGCAUCCUAGCUGGUGGAUUCGUGAUGCCGUUUUGAAGCUGAUGGGUGAGAUUGCGCUAAAACUGCGCAGUGUAGACGCUAACGUAUUUUUGGGCCCACUGCUUCGGCCCUUUUUGCGCAAAACGAUGGUGUUUUUACCCGAUGAAGAGGUUUCGGCUGUUACAAAGCGACUUCGUGACUGUUGUCGGCGUCAUGUAUCCCGCGAGACUUUUGAUCGUGCACUACUAGUGUCGUCAUCCUCUUCGGGUCUUACUGAAGUUAUCACUGAAAUGGAAAGAUCGGUUUCACAAGCAUUUGAUGAUAGUGACGACGAGAUGGUGCCAUCGAUGCCUCUCUCAGCUAUGACGACAACGUCUCGCGAAUCUUUGGAAGAUCCAAUCAGCGAUGUGUUAAAGUCUCGAAGAAACAGAGAUGCUCUACUGAGCGCGGACCCCCUGGAUAGAAUUGGUACGUCCCGCCAGCAAUCGUCUGGUGCAGCGGUUGCAUCUUCCGCAGCGGUAACAGCAGCAACAAUUUCGAACAAUGUUGAGGACGGCAUGUCUUCAAUCUACGAUCAACGCAAAAAUGAUAUUCAGUCGCUAAAGCUCAUGCAGCAGUACGUGUCAAUUGCUUCGAUGCAGAUGAGGAGCAAGUUGGAAAUGGCUAAGACUGAGCAAGCCGCGCGAAUGCAGAGGCCUUCGAAAAGCGGCAGAAAUGGUUCACCACACGGUGCGAUGAAUAGUGCAUCUGCGGCUGUCGGUGGUAGUGCUGCUGGCACCAGCAGCAACCCGUUCGCUCGCAAGCUUUCGCGCUCACAUCUUCGUGUGCUAUUCGUGCCGGAUAUGCGGUUCGCGCUCUCGACAGCACAACCUCUAACGUCAAACAAUUUUGGAAUUUCAUCAUCCUCUUCUGCAACAGCCAGCAGUUCAUCGACGUCGGCGUCGACUGCUCUGGUGACAAGGUCUCGUUUUAAUGCCCCCAACAGCUCGCCGUCUCCUCGCGGAGGAGGAUCAGUAAUUCCAGCAAUGUCGAAUGGUGUGUCGAUGACAGGAUCUCCUUCUUUAGAGAGCCUCUCCUUGUCGCACAUAGGCAAGAUGUAUAGUCUUGUUGAGCCAAGCACGCACGUUUCAGCAUCACCUAUCACCGUCACAGGUCCUUCAUCUGUAAUUUCUCCUGGGUCAACAUCAGUGGCAAUGGACGAUUCAGGACUGGGCCAAAUUGACUCAAAUCACUUCGCACCAACCAGCGGUGGAGUUAUGGUGAGCAUGCUCAACAUGAACAUGCGUGAUAUGUAUGGCGGCGACGGAAUGAAUAGUUUGCUGGACUCGCACCACCAUUCAAUUCACGCAACGCCUGUAUCACCUCCUCGACAAAGGACGAAUAAGAAGGCCCACACAACCUACCAUCACUAUUUUGCUUUCAAGGAGUCAGCGAUGGACCCCGCACUUGGAAAUCCUCGUAAAUUGCUGGCACGGUUGAACGCAUUGGGUAUUCCUCCGUUGCCUCCUGACCUGGGUGCGCUGCGGCUGUCUGAUGGAUCACCAUACUCUAUUUACAGUCAUGCCUCAAGUCCGUACUGCUUAAUGAGUGGUGGAAUUUGCAUUAGCAAAAGCACGGGAGGUAAUGGGGGCCCAGGAAGCGAUAGAGGAGGUAUGAGUGUUUCAAAUGUCGCAUCGUCUCCGAAUCAGGUUGGUAGUGGCACAUAUCCUCCUAGCGUAGGGUCAUUUAACGCUGCGGCGGCAGCUGCAGCAGCGAUCAACGGAGGUGUGGUUCCCAGUACGUUUGGGAGUUCUAACGGUAGUACAGGCUCCGGAAGCAGCUUAAGUAGUGGAAACGGUAGUAGCGGCGGUGGUGGCUACCCUUGCUCGUCGUACCGCAACUGGCACCCGCGCAAGAACGUUUUGGUGGCGGAGCUGGCGGAGCACUCGGGGGCUGUAACUCGUGUGAAUGCUGCUCAAGACUACAGCUUUCUGGCAUCCGCCUCAAACGAUGGAACGGUUAAAGUUUGGUCCGUGCGGUCAUUGCAGCAUAGCGUGAAUCAAGGAUCGCGCUGCACGUAUGACGGACAAGGCGGAGUAAUUACUGAUAUGAAGGUGCUUACCAACAGUCACUCCGUUGCUUCCGCCUCUAGUGACGGCACAGUUCACGUCUUCCGUGUAGACAAGGUGAAUUCUGUGGGUGGCAAUGUUCAAAUCACUGGCCUCAAGGAGCUACGUGCGAACAAUAGUGCUGUCAUGGCAAUUGACUACCUGAAUAACGUCACAGACGCUCUACUGCUAUAUGCCACUCGCGAUGGCAAAAUCCACGCGUGGGAUCUGCGUAUGCGGCAGGACGCCUGGACUCUCAGCAUUUCUCCCGAGCUUGGAUACGUGACGUGCAUAACACACUCACUUGACGUGAGCUGGUUAGCGGUUGGCACUAGUAGAGGCUUUUUGUGUUUAUGGGAUCUGCGCUUUUUGGUGCUUAUCCGUAUCUGGCGCCAUUCAUCCCACCGCGCCAUUCAUCGACUUCAGCCCUGCUUGGGACUGCCGAAUACGUUGCCCCUAGAUGAGACGUCCGUACCGCUGGUAUUUGUGGCAGCAGGCGAUGGAGAAGUUGCUGUGUUCGACCUUAGUAUUGGUGCAUGUCGGGCAGUGUUUCGGACGCUUGAGGUACAGGCAUCUGAGGCUGAGGCUUGCAAGUGUCCAACGCUUCUGCACGUGGCGAUUCCACAUCGCAGUCGAAGUGUGUUGGGAAGCUUCCUGGGCAUCUAUGGCAUUGCAACGGCUUUCGAUGAGAUUUCUACCUCAUCCCUCAGCGAGGAGCCUAGUGUUCGUGCAAUGUUGUGUCCGUCACUGCACCUUCGUGGAAUUGGAGAUGCUUUGAUCACGGGCGGCGAAGACCGACAAUUGCGCUAUUGGGAUAUUCGCAAUGGUAAACAAUCGUAUACAAUUUGCGGCAAUGGGGAAGCCAAGUCGUUUUACGAUAACCAGGCACCUCCUCUCGACUGGUGGCGCAUGCAUGACUCUGCUUCGCGGCGUUUUGAUGAGACACUAUCAGCGACCACAAACAACAUCACGAAGCCCGAGAUGGCCUGGAGCAAAUUAAACCCACCGCUGAUUACGGUUUGUCAAGACUCGUCCAUCUACUCGACUGCAGGCCAUGCAGCAGCAUCAGGUGGUGGUGGUGUGGAGUCCGCUAUCAGCAUGGAACGGAGAGGACUUGUACCACCGUCCCCGGCACACACGGACUGCAUCCUGGAUUUGACGCUUGUUGAGCUAGGAAGCAGCCAGAAUCCAAGCCCCAUGCUCGUCUCUAGUGGUCGGGACGCGCUUAUCAAGGUGUGGAAAUAA